AUACGUAUAUAAACUAACAUAUAAUUUAUUUCUUUUCGUCACGACGUAGAGUCGAAUGUUAUCGUAAAAAAGUUCUUCUAACUUCAAAACUAAAAAUGAAUUCCAUUCGUUUCUUCAUUUUCCUUUUCGCUUUUAGCGCAUUCGCUUAUAACCAAAUAUAUGCGAGGCAUCAAGAGUAUUCCGUAGAAAAGAUUGCUCCAUGGUGGUAUAGGAGAGGACUUUAUGAAAAUCGAACAUUCGAAUCAAAAGAUUGCUUUAGAGAUGUUGAGGACGCCCGAGCUAACAUUAGGUGCCUGGCUUUGUUUUAUGUAUGGCGCUGGGACAUGAAAACUCAAUCUUGUGUAUUGACUGACUACGGAGGUUGCUUUCCCACAAUGAACAAUUUUGAAUCUUUGGAGGAAUGUAACAAAAUAGCAAAGCCAGUUUGCCAACAACUAGUAGAAGAUCUGAAAGAUAUAAAUAUACUAGAUAUACUUGAUUUCUUCAUUUAUAAAGUACAAAAUUGAUGUUUAACAGUUGUUGUUAUUAUUUUCA